AUGCUUAACGUAUUCGGUUUCCUCCAGUUCCUCCCCGUCCCUCUGCUGAUUGGGGUUAUUCUCAAUAAACUUGGGCAGAUCAUUUACCUUUCAAUACAGCAGUCGCACUCUGUCGAAGCCCUCCCUCCAACAGACAUGCCCUCCCAAAUUCCGAACACCAAGCUAUUCCAGUUCACCGCCGAAGAUGACGCGGAGUCAGUGGAUAUGUCAGACGACACGGAUGUCCGUCGUCGCAGUCGCGCCCAAGCAGGCAAACCGUCUGGCGCUUGUGUUGACUGCAAAUCUGUCAAAGUUCGAUGUGAAUUCGAACCGGGCGAGAAGAAAUGUCGUCGUUGUCAAACCAAGAAUCUUCCUUGCCAUCCUCGAGAACGGAAGAAGAGGAAACCCGCGGACACACACGAACAGCUUCAAGAACGAUCACACGAACAGGACAUACACAUUCGAAAUCUCCUGCACCAAUAUGAUCAGCUCAGAGCAGAGCAGAAAAUUCACCAAUGGAUGUCCAGAGCACCUCCACUGAGGAAUGAUGCCAUGAACCUUCAACAACAUAUCAAGUGGUUUCACAAGGGGAAAACCCCCGAAGUCGCUGUAAUAUCAUACUUCUCCACAGGGCCUGGGCCUCAGCAACUGGUUCCGCCAGAAAUGGUCAAACACUGCGCCCUGUACCCAGAAGAUAUCAUAGAACUUUUCUCCAUCUUCUUUACCCGCGUCAACCCUUACUUCUCCAUUCUUGACAAAGACUACCACACUCCCCAGAAGCUAAUUUGGUCAAGUCCCUUUCUAUUCACAGUUGUCUGUGCGGUCUCAUCACGGUAUUACACUGACCGGCCCGAGCUCUACCAACUGGCUAUGGAGUUCGCAAGGGACUUCGCCGGAAAGGCCCUCGUUGAAGGAUACCGUAGCGUGGACGUCUGCCAGGCUUACCUGAUCAUGGCGGUGUAUCCUGUUCCAAAGAAGAAGUGGGCGGAGGACAGAAGUUGGUUGUUGAUGGGUGUCGCCAUAAGGAUGGCCAUUGAACUCGAAUUAAACCAACCUGCCCCACCUAUGUGCGACGGACGCGAAUCGCUGAAUCGGACGCGAACAUGGCUAAACUGCUACUGUGUGGACGGGUCGCACGCCAUACAGUUUGGCAAGAUGCCGAUGUUACGUUUGGACGACUAUCUCGCGAGGAACUCACGCGACUGGUAUCGAUCUUCGCCACUAAAUACCCCUUUCGACGUUCAUCUCUGUGCCUAUGUACAAAUGAUCUUACACAUGGCCAAAUGGAGGGCAUACAUCCACGCCGAUGACCCAACGGCCAGGCCACUCGAGUCUGAAGAGAUUAUAUCAGCUGCGAUCGCCACGCAAGAAACACUAUCACGAGAGAUGGAUGCCUGGGGCGAGAUAUACGCAACUGAAUUAUCCUUCCUUCCUCUUCCGAUUUGUGGAUACCGCGGUAACACAACGCAGAUGAUAACCUCAUACCUGAGGCUCGUCGUACUCCUUGUCGGAUUCCAGCACACAAAGCAAGAAGACCUCCGGCGAGACUCAGAGGUUGUGGUCAAAUCGAUUGAAGUAGCACGAACUACGAUACAGAUAUUGGUCGAGCGCCUAUAUCCGACUGGCUAUUUGCGGUAUGCAAUGGAGGCGCACUUCCUUUUUGUGUCAUUCGCAGCUGCAUUCCUCAUCAACCUAUUCCGACCUCGCUUUGUAGACCUUCUCGAUGAUCACUUACAAAGAGAAAUCAUCAUCAGCGUCACCCGGCUGAUUACAAUCCUUGGCUCGAACGAUGUGGCCUUAGAUGGGAGGCAUACGCCAGCCCUUUACUCAAGGUUUCUGUCCUCGUUAAUGGCGAGGCACAAUCUGGGCCUUGAUAAUUUCGAUCCAUCAGGAGGCGAUGACUCCAAUUCCAGGCCGUCAAAUCCACAAGACAGGUACACAACGCCUCCCGAUGGAUUCUAUUGGCCCGAUGUCCGGUCUAUACCUGAUAAAUCGUCAGACGACUCAUCUGAGUUCUCUGGCGGAUUUGGGGGUCAUCAACUUCAGGGCGAAAUCGAGAUGGACUUUAGCCUAUCUCACUUCAUCAAAAUUGUCACUUCGCAGCCAACGCCGCCUCCGCCACCACCGCCGGUCGACCUGACGCAGACCUGGGAUACGUGGGAUCUAAAUACGAUUAUACCCCAACAACCUGCGUGGAUUGAACCUGUUCCCAUACCCGCUAUUUGGAGAGUUGUAUAA